AUCCACACUCCAUCUACAGCACCGCCGACCCAGCCCGCGGAGACGCCAGACAAGACAUCCAAGGAGGACGCUCCUGCAACCUCUGCAGGGGUGUCGCCGUCGCCAGAGGGCAAGUCCGAUGCGCCAGAGGCUGCGGCCGAGGAGAACGGCUGGACAGCAGCAUCGGCGGCGGCGACUCCGACGUCUCCCGCGGCUGUCCCCAAGCUGAAGGCGAAGGGCCAGCCGAAGGGCCAGCCGAAGGGCAAGGCGAAGGGCAAGGCGAAGGGCAAGGCCCAGGCCGUCAGGGGCGGGAAGGUCGUCAACCUCACCUUGAAGAGCGUGAACGCGAAGGUGGUGGACACGGCGAGGCUCUGCGGCGCUUCGUUGACCCAGGCACGCUCGCUGCUGCAGAAGAUCGAACAGAACGAGGGCGACGAAUACAAGAUGUUCAAGGACAACGAGAAGUUUGAUGGCGCCUUGAAGCGGUGCCGCGACGCUUUGUCCGUGAAGCUGAACAAGAAGCCAGGCUGGUCCGAGGCGGUGUUCGACGGGGCCGAUUUCAGCCUGGACUCGUCUUCCGACCUCGCCGCGAUCUCCGCCACAUGCGAGAACUUUCAGGCUGACUGCGAGGAGAUCCAGCGGAAGUGCAAGAAGAUCCGCAGCCUGCGCGAGCUGCAGAACGACAGCGAGGGGAACACCAGCGAGUA